GUUGAACGUAGAUGGCCUCUUGGUAUAUUUUCCCUAUGACUACAUCUAUCCAGAACAGUUUUUAUACAUGCAAGAACUAAAGCGUUCUUUGGAUGCCAAGGGUCAUUGUGUGCUGGAGAUGCCCUCAGGAACUGGAAAAACUGUUUCAUUGUUGUCACUGAUUAUUUCUUACAUGCAGGCAAAUCCACUACAUGUCACAAAGAUGAUAUAUUGCUCAAGAACAGUUCCAGAGUUGGAAAAGGUUGUUGAGGAAAUGAGAGGGCUUAUAGAGUACUACACACAGGAGACUGGUGAGAUUCCAAACUUUGUUGGACUUGCCCUCAGCUCACGCAAGAACAUGUGUGUGCACCCACAGGUGAGCCAGGAAAGAGAUGGGAAAACUGUUGAUGGUAAAUGCCAUCAAUUGACUGCAUCAUUUGUGCGAAACCGACACAAGAGCAACCCAAACAUCCCUGUUUGUGAGUUUUAUGAGGAGUUUGAUUCUAAUGGAAGAAAUAUCCCUUUGGCUCCAGGUGUCUAUGGAUUGGAUGAUCUGAGGGAGUAUGGCAGAAAGACAGGAAUGUGCCCAUACUUUCUGGCCAGACAUGCUAUUAAUCAAGCUCAAGUCAUUGUCUACAGCUACUAUUAUCUCCUUGACCCAAAAAUAGCAGAACUGGUCUCAAAAGAGCUGCCAAAACAGUCUGUUGUGGUAUUUGAUGAAGCACACAAUAUAGACAAUGUAUGUGUGGAGUCCAUGAGUGUGAAAAUAACCAGAAAGACAAUUGAUCGUUGUAACCAAAAUAUUGAAGAUCUUAGUAAACAGAUAAAGAGAAUAUCAUUAAAUAUUCCUAUGUUAGAAAGGUCACAUUCAUUUUAUAGUUAUGCUGUAUAUCCCAUUCUUCUAAACUUGACCCACAUACAUUUUUGUGUUGUGUUUAAAUCUGACUAUGUGGUUUCAGAAAGUCCGCCUUCGUUUUUGAAGGACUGUCAAGCUAAAGUUUGCAUCGACAGGAAACCAUUGAGAUUUUGCUCUGAACGGCUUUCUUCACUCUUGAGAACGCUUGAAUUGGCAGACAUCAAGGACUAUUCAUCUCUCUCACUUGUUGCCAAUUUUGCUACCCUCAUCAGUACAUACACUAAAGGUAAAUCUAGAUCAAUCAUGAUUGAACCAAUUAUGAACUUCAGCUGCCUGGAUGCCACAAUUGCGGUGAAGCCUAUAUUUGAUAGAUUUCAGACUGUGGUUGUCACCUCUGGGACAUUAUCACCUCUGGAUAUGUAUCCAAAAAUUCUGGACUUUCAACCUGUCACCAUGGCAACCUUCACUAUGACAUUGGCAAGACCUUGCAUCUGCCCUAUGAUUGUGAGCAAGGGAAAUGACCAAGUAGCAAUCAGCUCUAAAUUUGAGACAAGAGAGGACAUUGCUGUGACCAGAAACUAUGGGAACCUGCUGGUGGAGAUGGUAACGAUUGUCCCUGAUGGAGUGGUGUGCUUCUUCACCAGUUAUAUUUACAUGGAAACCAUUGUUGCAGCCUGGUAUGAACAGGGAAUUAUUGACCAAAUUCAGAAGCACAAGCUCCUGUUCAUUGAAACCCAAGAUGCAGCAGAAACAUCAUUGGCAUUGCUCAACUAUCAGAAGGCAUGUGAAAAUGGACGUGGAGCUGUUCUUCUGUCCGUUGCCAGGGGAAAAGUUUCUGAAGGAAUUGAUUUUGAUCAUCACUAUGGACGUGCAGUAAUUAUGUUUGGUGUUCCCUAUGUAUACACACAGAGUCGAAUUUUGAAGGCUCGCUUAGAGUAUCUGCGUGAUCAGUACCAAAUCAGGGAGAAUGAUUUCCUGACCUUUGAUGCCAUGCGCCACGCUGCCCAGUGUGUGGGCCGGGCACUUCGAGGAAAAACUGACUAUGGCAUCCUGAUCUUUGCUGAUAAGAGAUUUUCCAGAGCUGACAAGCGGGGGAAAAUUCCACGCUGGAUUCAAGAGCAUCUCACAGAUAACCUUUGCAACCUCUCCAUUGAUGAAGCAGUUCAGGUGGCUAAAAGAUUUCUCAGACAGAUGGCCCAACCUUUUAGCCAGAAAGACCAGCUGGGCUUGUCCCUCCUGACUCUUGAACAGCUUCAAUCAGAAGAAACACAGAAGAAAAUUGAAAACAAGAUUCAGCAUGUCUGA